AUGGACUCUCUCACGACCCAUCCGGCCAAUGCGCAGCAGGCUCGUGCCUUCACUUCCCCGUCAUCCCUGUCUUUCCCUGGUGGUACUACCUUUCCAGGCGGUGCCGAUUUGACUCCUCCUUCCGAGAAGGAUCCGAACUUGGUCGCCGGUGCACAGGGUGCGAACGGGAAUGUGAACGGCCAGCAGCAGGGGGCAAAUGCCGCAAAUGGCAAUGGGGUGACGCCCGCUACUCCGGCUGCGACCCCUGGUGCCAGUGCUCCAGGGAGUGGUAUCGUGCCUACGUUGCAAAACAUUGUCGCCACGGUCAACCUUGACUGCCGUCUUGAUCUGAAGACCAUCGCGCUUCACGCUAGAAACGCGGAAUAUAACCCAAAGCGUUUCGCGGCCGUUAUCAUGCGUAUUCGAGAGCCCAAGACAACCGCCUUGAUCUUCGCCUCUGGCAAGAUGGUGGUUACUGGUGCCAAGUCUGAAGACGAUUCCAAGUUGGCUUCGAGGAAAUAUGCUCGUAUCAUUCAAAAGCUGGGUUUCAAUGCCAAGUUCACGGAUUUCAAAAUCCAGAACAUCGUGGGUUCCUGUGACAUCAAGUUCCCUAUUCGCUUGGAAGGUUUGGCGAGUCGCCACCACAACUUCAGCUCUUACGAGCCGGAGUUGUUCCCUGGUCUUAUCUACCGUAUGAUGAAGCCGAAGAUUGUGCUUCUGAUCUUCGUCAGCGGGAAGAUUGUCCUUACUGGAGCCAAGGUCCGUGAAGAAAUUUAUCAGGCCUUCGAGCUCAUCUACCCUGUGCUCUCCGAUUUCCGUAAGGUCUGA